CGCAGCUGCCACUUGGUCCAGGAGCGCGUGAGAGCUGUUCUGCGCGUGCCGCUGUACGUUGCUGCGGCGUAUAUAAGCGUUCAGCCGCCACAGAGCGAGCCGAACAGUCCAGCAGCAAAACGUAGACGUCGCGUAGACGGUUCGGUUCUUGUCAUCCGAACACCACCGGCAUCCGUGUCCCAUCACGAGCCGGGGCAGAGAGAGAGGCGGGGGUCCAGCGCGGGGCGAGACUGCGAGGACCGACCAGCAUGGACCCCCAAGCAACGGACCGCACUAGCCCGGGGGCGGCGGCGGCGGCGGGGGACUUCGGCAUCCGCCCGGCCUCUCUCGGAGCUGACGGGGGCGACUCGGAGUCCGGAGCGGGCUCGGAAGAGGCAGCCAUGGGUUGCAGCGACACGUUCAGCAGCUUACCCGACAUGGAGCAGGAGUCCCUGGAGGAGAAAUUAAGGGGACUGGCGUUCAGGAAGCAGACCUCGUAUCGGAAAGCGAUCUCUCGUUCGGGCCUCCAUUACCUCGGCCCACCUCAGCCCGCGCUUCCUCCAGCCUCCAACGGACCCAUCAAGGAGCUGCGCACCUGUGUGGAUUGGACGGAGAAUGCUGUGAACGGCGAUCACCUGUGGAUGGAGACGAGUUGUUCGGGAGAGCUGUGUUAUCUGGGAGAGGACGCCUGCCUCCUGAAGACUGCAAAGUCGGCCCCCAGGAGGAAAUGUGCUGCUUGUAAGAUCGUGGUUCACACCGGCUGCAUCGAGCAGCUAGAAAAGAUUAACUUCAGAUGCAAGCCGACCUUCAGGGAGGGGGGAUCCCGGACCCUCAGAGAUAACGUCCUGAGACACCACUGGGUUCACCGGCGGAGACAAGAGGGGAAAUGCAAACAGUGUGGAAAGAGUUUUCAGCAGAAGUUUUUCCACAGUAAAGAAAUCAUCGCCAUCAGCUGUUCCUGGUGUAAACAGGCUUUCCACAACAAGGUGACGUGUUUCAUGCUGCAUCAGAUAGAGGAGCCGUGUUCGCUGGGGGCCCAUGCUGGAGUCAUAGUACCCCCCUCCUGGAUCAUCAAAGUCAGAAAACCACAGAGCUCUCUGAAGAACUCCGCCAGGAGGAAAAAACGAACGUCGUUCAAAAGAAGGACAAGCAAGAAAGGGCUGGAUGACUCUAAAUGGCGUCCGUUCAUUCUGAAGCCCCUCCCCUCUCCUCUGAUGAAACCCAUUUUGGUUUUCGUUAAUCCUAAAAGUGGGGGCAAUCAGGGUGCCAAGCUGGCUCAGAUGUUCAUGUGGAUCCUAAAUCCUCGGCAGGUCUUUGACUUGUCCCACGGUGGACUACGAGAGGCGUUGGAGUUGUAUCGCAAAGUGCCAAAUCUGAGGAUCCUCGCCUGCGGCGGAGACGGGACGGUGGGGUGGAUCCUCUCGGCUCUCGAUGAGCUGCAGAUGAAUCCCCAACCUCCGGUCGCUGUGCUUCCUCUGGGAACAGGAAAUGACCUCGCCAGGACGCUCAACUGGGGUGGGGGGUACACGGACGAGCCGGUGUCUAAGGUGCUGUGCCACGUGGAGGACGGUGCGGUGGUGCAGCUGGACAGGUGGAACCUCCUGGUGGAGAAAAGUGCUGUCCAGCCUGAAGAAGGCACACAAAAGGUCAGGAAACACAGGCCGGUGCAAGUUCUAGAAAAGGGAUUUCGUGUUUAUGGAGCUCUUCUUAUUUUCUUGUUGCUUUGCGUUUGUGCAGAGGCAAACCCAGAGAAGUUCAACAGUCGCUUCCGCAACAAGAUGUUCUAUGCAGGAGCUGCUUUCUCAGAUUUCCUUCAGAGAAGCUCGAGGGACUUGUCCAAGCACGUCAGAGUGGUGUGUGACGGCACAGAUCUAACACCCAAAAUCCAGGAGCUGAAGUUCCAGUGCAUCGUGUUUCUGAACAUUCCCAGGUACUGUGCUGGCACCAUGCCGUGGGGAAACACGGGCGAUCACAGAGACUUUGAGCCACAGCGCCAUGACGACGGCUGCAUUGAGGUCAUUGGUUUCACGAUGGCCUCGCUGGCUGCACUGCAGGUCGGAGGUCAUGGAGAAAGACUCCACCAGUGUAGAGAAGUUAUCCUCACCACCUACAAAACCGUACCUGUUCAGGUGGACGGUGAGCCGUGUCGACUGGCCCCAUCUACUCUGCGCAUCUCACUUCGAAAUCAGGCCAACAUGGUACAGAAGAGCAAGAGACGGACCUCAGUGCCCCUGCUGAAUGAGAUGAAAGCAGAGGCGUCCCCAUGUCUGGUUCAACCAGUAGACUGUCUUCUAACUGGAGUUUCCUGGAUUCCACAUCAGCUGAUCGCUUUUACCGCAUUGACAAAGCUCAGGAACACCUCCACUUUGUGACAGAAAUCUGCCAGGAUGAGGUGUUCAUCCUGGACCACGAGGGACCCCAGGGGUCGUCCUCCGGGAUGCCUGAUCUGGUGGUCGAACCUACAUCCGGAGCACCUUUAUCAGCUGACGAGCAAGCUCUUCUGACAGCUGCUGGUUCAGGAGAUCUAUCCACGCUGAUGGAGUGUGUGGUUUGUCGAGGCAUCAGCUUUUUCGUCCGGGACUCUGAAGGCUGCUCAGCAUUGCAUCUGGCAGCUCAGAGCGGACACACAGAUGUGGUCAGCUACGUUCUGCAGCAAGGCUCUAAAGUCCUUCUGGAUUUAACAGACAGACAAAAGGGAGACACGGCUUUGCACAAAGCAGCUUCAGAGAAGCAACACGCCGUGUGUCGCUUGCUGGUGGAGGCCGGUGCGUCGCUACAGAAAACAAACUUCCAGGGGAAGACACCUGCAGACCAAGCAGAUGGCGACUUGGAGCUCGUUUCCUUCCUGAACUCCAAACGACACGUCUCGUCGUCCACCACUAACGAGGACCUGGAGACGGCGGUCUGAGGCGGGGACACACACUCACACACACACACGCACUCUCACUGGACUCUGGACCUGCAGCAACGAGCGACCGGGAGAAGGAAAAAGUGUUAAAGACUAAAACCCGGAGGCUGGACAAACCAGCAGAGCGACGGACGUCCUCGCCGCACUGCAGCAGACUUUAGUGGUCAAUUAUUUAUUUGUAUUUAUUUAUAUAUAUUCUAUUUAUUGGUUGUGCUGAUUGAUUGAUUGACUGAUAGAAUUUUAACAGUUGAAAGUGCAAUUUGAACACACAUCGUGAGCUCUCCUGUUCGUCUUGUAACUGAGCUGGUUUGGUUAUAUUUUACUCUACAAACGCGUCACAAAAACGUUUAAAGUGUUGGAGGAGGAGGAAAGCGUUUCAGUCGUGGAACCUGUGUGCCAAAGACGUCGCACUUUUGUUGUCGCAUCUUAUCCAAAAGUCCCUCAGUGGUUGUGCAAAGACACGCGUGUCUGCUGACGUCGUCACCGCUGAGUCACCGUGAGUCAAGCAGCUGCUUUUGUUGUUUCUUUUUUUAUUUCCUCAUCAGCUUCCCCAACAAACCAGGAAGUUUAUUUUUAAAUGUUUUAACUGUUGUCAGCGUUGGCUCAUCCGGUCAUGCUGAGGGUUUUCCCGCACAUCUCCAGCUGGUGGAGAAAAUUAUUCCAGAAACCCAGAAGGAAGCAUUUAGAUUCCCACAAGACUCAAAACAAACCAAUAACUACAGUUAGACCAUAACUGGAACAAGCUAGCCGCUGUUCUGAUUAAAUCUAAAACGUCACUUAAAGAGCAAGUCACCCCCAAGUCAGCUUUUUUUUCUGAUAAACUAUAUAAAUGUGUGUCUAAUCGUGCUGCAGACACGUGUAGUCAACAGUUUUGCACUUUAGUGCAUUUUAGUAAAAAUUUAAAUUUUCUGCCUAAAACUGUCAGUGUUGUGCCGUUGUCAGGUAAAAACUCUGCACUGCAUUUGAAUUUAAAUCUGCCAUCGCUAUUGGCUAAGAGGUACCCUAGAAUGUUAGCUGGUACCAUAUGAUGUCACAAUGUCGUUGUGAACCUGUGUGUGUGUGUCUAUUUGUUAAUGGCUCCGCCCUCUCAGUCUGCUAGGCAACAGCAUUUGUUGCAUUUUUCUAACAGGAAGUGGGAGUUGAGAAUAAGAAUCUGGUAGGGCGUGACUUGCUCUUUAAAGUUAUAUAUCGAACAUAAGUGAGUGAAAAUAAUUGUGGAAACCAGUUUCAGCUAAAAUCCAGUUCAAGUUUUAAAGCCUGAAGCUAAUAAUGAGUCCUUCCCUCCUGGUCACAUGAUACAACCUGUUGAAUCAGAUCCCAUCAAACGUCAUGUUGUUUUUACUUUUCUAACACAAAUAAUUUAAUUACAGCUCUGCUGGUUCUACAAGAUACACACACACACACACACACACGUGUAGAGCUGCAGGUGUUUGACCGUUAAUCCGUAGAUAUUUACCUAUAAAUGUAAAUAUUCGACAGAUUUGAUUAUAUUUGUGAACAUUUAAAAAUAUAUAUUUUGUCUUUUUUAAAAUGAUAUGACACCAAUUUAAGAAACAGUUUUUACUGUUUGCUUUUGAUUUAUUGACCAUCAAUGAAAUAAAUUAACACGUCAGAUUAGACCAGAGUGGACCUUUUAUUAGAGCAGCAUUCCUAAACUUGGUGUUCUGUCGGUCUCCUGCCUGUUUUAGGUGCACUUCAGUACGUCCGAUGACGUGUCGGUAACCAGGAGACGAAGCCAUAAGGCCAGAGAAAACACAGAACUAGACCCAAAAUAAGUGCAUCACAUAUAAAAUAUUUGAUUAAAAAUAUCUGAACUAAAGGAUCAUAUCAGAUGUCAAUGAGACGGGAUCGGAAUCAAAGGGACCAUCCGUUCGGCCCAAACUAGCCGGUUACCGGUACUCCGACUCCACGAGGCAUUCCCUGUGAAACGUGUAAAUAUGCGUGGCCGGUUUUCGUACUCCGAACAUAUCCGGUAUAAAGUGGCUCCACACACAAACAGACUUCUACUCUACAACAAGAACAGUGGGCGUUUUCAUGCAUAGUUCUUUGUGUGUGUUUGUGGCAUUUCUUCAAAAAAACAAAAAAAAACAAAAACAAUCUGAGCCAAAUUCAAUGCAAUAUGAGUAGGUUCUUUGUUUAUUAAUCGUUUACAUUACAUUAAUGGUUUUUUUUUUUAGCACCGAGGAGUGUUGAAUGUUAUUUCAGUGCCGGCUGAGUUUAUGCUUGUUUUAUUAUUUAGUUUUAUUUUGUGUGCAUGUUUGUCAAAGGACUUGAAACAAGCCUGUGAGGUUUCCUUUGAUAUGAAAUGUUGUAAAAUGAAAUUAUAUUUACGGUAGGAAGAGUUUUUUUUUUCCAUAGAUGUUUUGAGAAUGGCACACCGCCAUCGUGGAAGUCUUGACUGGAAGCUCAGUUUCAGUUGUAGUUUGACUGAAAGUGAAAGUUUAGAUCUUUUAGAGAGUUCUGUGAAAAAUACACAAACAAUUAAUACCUUACGUGUCAUAGACUGUGUGUGCAGCUUCGUCUUGGAGAAGCAGAUUGGUUUUGACUUGAAGCUAACGUCUAAUUUAAGAAAAAACCAAAGUAAAAUGUUAAAAUCUUAUCAGAAUUCAAGUCUACAAAAUAAAUAUAACAAUUUACGCAAACUUUGCUUUAAAAAUACCUUGAAGCAAUUUAAUUUAUUAUUCCAGCAGAAAAUGUUAGAUAAUCCAACAGGAAGUGCUAAAGCUAGCUGCUGCCGUCGCUUUUAGCACUAGCAAAUAAUUCCAUGUUUUUAUUGUAAAAGUGAUGCCAAAAAAAAGAAUCUGAAGUAGUUUUUCAUGAACUGCUGUGAAAUUUCACCUAGCUGUUAGCAUAUCAGUCUGGUCAAAGCUAAUCUGGUUUUCCAAACUGAAGCUGUUUAGUUAUUAUCUUUCAAAAGAAACGUAUAUUAUUAUUUCUACACUAAUGUAUAGGGAUUAAGUUUUUCAAAUGUCACGUUUGACAACAGAUGAUAAAAGUUUGGUUCUAUUAUUCAAAAUGUAUGCAAAUCUCAAACUCCAUCUCCCUAACAGAAAAUAGUGAAAUAACUCGAUGUUUAACAUUUUUAUUUAUUUUGACCAAAUAAUGUUAUUUUCCAUGUACUGAGAGCUAGCUUUUGUAGCCAAGGAUCAGACCGUCGCCCACCACACAAAGCACCCACAGGGUGGCUGGACUCUCCCUUAGAGAGAGAGUGAGAAGCUCGGUCAUCCAGGAGGGGCUCGGAGUAGAACCGCUGCUCCUCCCCAUUGAGAGGAGCCAGGUGAGGUGGCUCAGACAUCUGGUUAGGACGCCUCCUGGUGAGGUUUUCUGGGCACGUCCAACCAGGAGGAGACCAAAGGAAAACCCAGGACAUGCUGGAGGGACCAUGUUUCUCGGCUGGCCCAAGUGGCUGGGGAGAGGGAAGUCUGGGCCUUUCUGUUUAGGCUCGUGCCCCCGCGACCCAACCCUGUUUAAGAGGAUGAAAAUGGAUGGAUGGAUGUAAUUUAUUUUUUGAGGAUUAAUCGAAUUCAGAUAAUUUGCUUGUGGUUUAUUAGCAACUUCGGUAACGCUUCUUUUACAGUCCCCUAAUUACUAAGUACUUACAUGGUAAUAACACAGUAAGUUAAAGUGUAUGAUUGUAAUAAGGUGUAAUUAUUGUAUAAAGCCGUAGUUACUUGGAUAGAUUAAUAAAACAAAAACUAGAAUUGAACCUGAGUUACAUGGUAAUAACUGUUUAAGAACUCAGAAACAAUGAUACACUUUUACUUACUAUGUAAGUACUUAGUAAUUAGGGGACUAAAAGGAAGCGUUACCGCUACUUCUAUUACAAGUUUCAAGAGACUGAAUUAGGAAUUACAUAAUAAAAGUUUAAUUAAAUUAUAUUAACUGUUUUAGUGUUGCAAUGUGUGAAAUGAAAGUGCAUCUUAUUUUGGGUGCAACAUUAUAGAUGGGUCCGUUUCAGUUACAAGUCACUUUAUUUAAUAUUAAGAAAGAUAAACUGAUUUAAAAAUGCUCAACUGGGAUUGCAGCAUCUGCCUUCAACUUUUUCUACAAAAAUGUAACAAUUUCAAAACGAAAAUACUUUUUUAAUGUGAUUUAUUCAGGAGGAUGGUUUAAGAAAGCAGGACUUCUGCGAUGGCACAGAGAGCUUCCUUUGGGGAUUAUUAAAUGGACAGCGAGUAAAAGGAAUAUUGGCGUUGUCUGUGAACAGUGAUGACACUUUUAUAACAAGAUGACUGCUAAAAAACGUGCUUCGUAUCACUUUGUAGAAACAUGAAUUUGUAUUUAACUGUGUCCCAUCAGAGUUGGUUAUGCAUGGACUUUCAUACCUCCUUUGUUUUCAGUUAAAUGACAUCAAGAAUGGCAUUACUGUUGUUUAAACUAUUAAAUUAUAGUUUUUAAACUGGUUUCUUCCUAGGAUUUGUUUUGCUUUUGUAUUUUAUUUGUUCGGCUGAUGACACGUUUAUCUGAAGUUCGUUUUCUAGAAAAAUGUGGAGUUUUUUUGUCUCACUUCUCAUUUGCUGUUUGAGAAAUUCUAUAAAACACAUUGUGGUUUCCUCA